UUGUAGUGUCAAAUGUCUUGAAAACUCAAUUAUAUUGUAAAAGCCUUCUGAAUUGUUUUGUUGGAACACAGUAAGUUUUUACAUUGGGACAAAAUGUGUUAAUCAAAUUUCGUUGGCCAUUACCAGUUGGACAUUCUUCAGUGAUUGGCCUCCAGAAAGAUGCUACCUCUAGACAUCCUGAGUCCGGAGCAUAUCUCAGUAGCCGCAGCAGUUGCUUGGGCUUUAACAUCAUUCCUGUGCUGGUGCCUGGUGUACUACUUCUGCAGCUUGGCAGCAAAUGGCAGUCAGUUUCUGUUGGAAUGUUUGUCUUGCUGUAUGCGAGCUCUGCAUGCCGUAGGGGCUAUCAUCUUCACUAUGAUUGCCACCGAGCAUCGUCCACAUCCCUUCAUAGAGAUUGGUGAGGAUAAUAUUCCUCUGCACAACCUUGUCCUGAUUUGGUCCCUGGGAUUCUUCAUGCUGGAGUGUGCGCUCGCCUCAGUAGUCAAGAAAGAGCCAUCUCUGAUGGUGGCUCAUCAUUACGCUUCCGUCCUUGUACUUGGCACAGCUCUUCUGAUCCAGGAAGGAGGUGCUGAAAUGAUGGUUGGAAUACUCAUGUUGGAAAGCACCAACCCGUUGUUACAAGUUCGUCAGAUUUUACGUCUCACAAAGUACAAAAACGGAAGAUUCUACAAGAUUGUGGAAUGGAGUUUUGUAAUAUUUUUUACUCUUAUCAGAGUAAUACCCUGUGGAAUCACAACUCUUUUUGUGCUCUUCGACCCGUCUUCACAACUUCACAUUCAAAUCACCUACUCAACAUUUUAUUCAAUAUCUCUUGUCAUGGUGUAUUAUACAUUGGCGUAUAUGAUUAAUAAGUAUUUCAAAAAAGCAAAAAGCAGUUGAGCUUGUCUACUUGAAAAUAGUGAACUGCAUUAAUAAUUUGUUCUUUUAAACUUGUUAACUAAUUUUCUGGUUAACUACAAGUUGAAGGCAUAGACAUUCAAUGUGAUAAUUUAGUUUGGUUGAUGUAAAUAUAGAUUAUUUAAGUACAAAA